CCUGUGGCAAGUCCACCUGGGCCUCAAAACAUGCCGAGAGUCACCCAGAGAAGAAAUACAACAUCCUGGGAACUAACGCUAUCAUGGAGAAGAUGAAGGUAGCCUUUAAACCCCUUCAUAACCUGCUAUAUAACCUGUUAUAACCUGUUAUAACCUUUUAAGAUCUCUGAGGUCAGAGGUGGGCCACACACCUGAUUCAACUAAGUCACAAUCUUCAAUUUAGACAACUGGAAGCUGAAUUAGGUAUGUCACUGCUGCUUGUAUCUAAUGAUCUAAUAGAUCCCAUAUAAGAGGUGUGUCCUGUGUACCAGGUGAUGGGUCUGCGUCGUCAGAAGAACUACGCUGGUCGUUGGGACGUUCUGAUCCAACAGGCCACUCAGUGUCUCAACCGCCUCAUCCAUGAAUCGCGCAACUCAGAGACUGCCCAACUACAUUCCUGGCCAGGUACUGGUCGUACUGCUUCCUCUUGACUACUUUCUGCUUCCGUUCUUCUAUCGCUCUGCUCGCCUCUAUCCCCCUCUCCUCCUCUCUCUUCUCUCUCCUCUCCCUCUCCCUCCCUUCUCUCCUCUCUCUCCUCGUCUCUCCCCUCACUCUCUCUUCCUCUCUCUUCUCUCCUCUCUCUUCUCUCGUCCCCCUCUCUCUCAUCUUCUCUCUCUCCUCGCCAUUCCUCCUCUCACUCUCUCGUCCUCCUCUCUCUCUCUUCCCUCUCUCUCCUCUCUCCCUCCCUCCUUCUCUUCUCACUCCUGCUCCCUCUCUUCCCCUCCUCCCCUCUCUUCUCUCUCUCCCCCUCUCUCCUUCUCUCUCUCUCUCUCUCUCCUCCUCUCUCUCACUCUCUCUCAUCUCUCUCCUACCUCUCACCUCCUCUCUCUUCUCUCUCUCUCUCUCUCUCUCUCUCUCUCCUCUCUCUCUCUCUCUCUCUCUCUCUCUCUAAUGAACUAUUUAUUUAUCUUGCAGGUCAUGUUGAUGAUAGAGUAGAAGAAACUAUGGUUGUUGACCCUCUUGUUGGCAUUUAUACUGUCUUUGUAUUUUAUAAGGAAAACUGUUUAAUAAGUCCUUAAUGUUAUCUUCCAUCCGUCUCAGUCUUAUUUCAGUUACGACCUGUUGUUGUUGUUUUACAGUAUUUUACCGUAUUAUUACUACAGUAUUUUACCGUAUUAUUACUACAGUAUUGUAUGAGUAUCUAUGUAUCAGUAGUCCAGUAGAACUCUGCCUGGUGAGUAAAUACAAACAACUUCUGUUGCUACAGUAACUAUAACAAGACAGACGACUGUUGAUAGCCUUGACAAUAAAACAGCUAGACUGUGUUUUCUGUUGUUAAAUGAAUUAACCCCUGAAGGUAAGUGAAAAGGUGAGGAGACUAACCAUUUUGAAGUUUCCAGAGAGAUGUUGUCGCUGUGGUUACUGACGGUAAGUCAGGCUAACAGAAGGUGUCUGCUGGUAACCAUGGAAACUGUGAGUAACAACAGGUAGGUUGUAUCUGUGUGUGUCUAUGGGACAGGAGGACGCCAUGACAAUCAGGUAGGUACAGGUAAGUCAGGGGACCCUGGCAGGUGUAGGUUCAGAUUUCCACUAGUGUCAGUUUAAUGUACAGAGCCCAGUCAUUGUUCAGGUACUAUAGAUAGCAUUGGGAAUCAACCAGAUAACUGAAUCGUGGGGAGGAAUGUUUGAGGACAUAUAGUUAAGGAGGAAACUCAUUUAGAACUGUAGUCGUUUUAGUAGCACUUGUAGUUGUCCUUCUAUGGAUGAGAACUUAGAGUGAAUGUACGCAUUCAUGAUCGACGGUAUCGUCCGCACGCCAUGCCUUUAACCAAAUCUCAAGAAACGGUAUCUUUAAAGAAUCUUUAAAGAUACAGUGCACCUUAUACCAGCCAGGCUAGUCAGUGGUGUUGUUUAAAGGGUCCCCUUCUCUCUGUGACAGUAACAGGUACCUAAAGGAAGACGUGGAGAGGUGCAGUCUGGGAAGGUAGGUCUGUGGCGUGGGGAGAGCGUGACCACCAUCGCUAGUUAACCAACCCGCAGAGUAAAAACCUAAAACCAACCAGCGUAAAACAACUCUCUACCUUCAUUAUUACAGGGUUCUGUUCCCGGCUUCCCUGCCAGAGGAAAACAAAGCCGCCAAA